CUGCGGGGACCUUGACAAGGACUUUUCUUCUCCAGAAGUGUAGGCCUUCCCUCCUUGUGGCUCCCAAAGCUACCAAGAACAACAGAUUCUGCAUCUCGUCGCCCGUGAAUAAGACGGGGAUGGACAAGUCGCCAUUCAACAGCCCCUCGCCGCAGGACUCGCUGCGCCUGUGCAGCUUCACGCAGCACCACUGGCCCGUGAUCGCGGUGCACAGCGGCAUCAUCCGGAGUCCGCACCCGUCCUCCGCCCUGCACUUCCCCACCACGUCCAUCCUGCAGCAGAUGGCGUCCACCUACUUCCCGCACACGGCCAUCCGCUACCCGCCGCAUCUCAACCCUCAGGACCCGCUCAAAGAUCUCAUGUCGCUGGCCUGCGACCCGGCCAGCCGGCAGCCUGGAUCGCCUACUCUGUGCCCAACACGUUCCCUGUAAAGCCUUCCUUUGUGGGAUUAGGACCAAGGGAUCCUGUGGGCAGCUUUCAGG